AUGAGAAAAGAGGAGUUGCAAAGCUCUCUUGAAGUGCAUGAGCAGAGAAUGGAGGAAAGGAAUGUUGAUAAGAAAAAGGUAGAGAUCGCUUUGCAAGCCCAUUUCAAUGAAAGAGACAAGAAGAUGAAGGCCAACCGAUUAUAUACUGAAGAAAACGCCACAGUGACUUUGAAAGAAGCAGUGCAAUGCAAAGAUCAAUGGUAUUUGGACUUUGAAUAUUCAACGCAUAUGUCGGGGAGGAAAUAUUGGUUUGUUAUAAUCAAUCGUGCCAUGAAGAACAAGAUUAAGUUGGCGGAUGAUACUACUCUAGCGGCGGAAGGGAUUUGUGAUGUAUCAAUCGAGAGAAGGGAUGAUAGACACGGUUUGGUAAAGGAUGUGUUGUAUAUUCUCAAAAUCAAGUGUAAUAUUUUAAGUAUUGUACAAUUGCUUGAGAAGGGUUACAAUAUUCAUAUGGAGAACAAGGUGUUACGUGUUAUGGAUACAAACAAGUAUUUGAUCCCAAAGGUUCCUAUGGCUCCCAAUAGAAUUUUCAAAGUUGAGUUGAAGGUUAUGGAACAUAGAUGUCUUGCUACACCGACUAGUUAA